CCAGAGGCGCAUAGGAAAGCGUGAUACUUACGGCGAGGUACCGGAUAGAAGAAAGACGAAGCGGCAAACGCGCAGAUAGAAACAAGCGAUUGUUAUUAUAGCUCAACAAUACCUUGUAGAAAUGUAUUCGUACAUCUUACGAGAUGUGGAAGAGAAUAGUUAGCAUUCCGAACGACGGUGUAGCCCGCCUUCUGUCCGCUCGUUAAUAGAUUGUUACAUUUUCAGAGUCCUCUAGUUCCACAUCUUGAAUUGUCCUACUUCCGACUAUUUUCGCAAUACAGGCAUCAAAAUUUAUUAAGUAUUUCAUAAUUAUAAUUAUUAAUCUUUAAUCUCUAGCUUUAGCUAGCAGCUAUCAUGUCGGUGACCGGAGAGACAAAGCUACCUUCGGAAGGCUUUGUUAGCGAUGACGACAGGGGCAUAACGACACCAGCAGACGAUGAUUCUUUUUUUGAUUACUUCCCUUUCGAAGAGAUCAAUUCUGAGAUUAGCACUCCUGGCGCUCCUCACGUUCCUCACGUUGAUGACACAGUGAACACUGUGGGGGAAGAGGAGAGAGAUGCGGCAGUAACAGCGGCAUUGGAAUUGAUGAAUCUCGGUCGAUCGAGGUUGAGAAACUUACCUGACAUGCAGCGGGUAAUAAAUUGGAUUAUGGGACGAAAUCUUAUGACAAAUGGGGGCGCACAAUUAGUGGAACGGCAAGCUAAGACAAGCGAGGGCAAGGCGGUUAAGGCCGAGGAGAGACAGGAAAGCGAGCAAUUGUUCAGACAGCCAAAGCUAGUAGAUGACGACUUCCUCGAUAUAGGAGACGUUCAGGACAUAUGCCCCGCUUGCACGACACCGUACUGCACCGCCCUUGAAUCGCUUCCGUUCAAGGGGAGCCUACGACUCAGCUACAACGACCCCGAAACGCAUACCUGGUCCAUCAGCGACAAGUAUAUUCUGACCGAGUCGGUCGACGACGAAGGCCCCGAGCAGACCCAGGUUACAUUGGUCCGGGCUACGCAGCUUCUUAAAAGGUCCAACGUGCCCGUGCCUAAUGUGCUCGCAGGUUGGAAGGAAAACGGGAGGAUCAUCACGAUCUCCGAAAAAGCGGAGGGAGAGCGGCUGUACGAUAUCUGGUGGGACCUCGACCAGGACGAGCGAGAGGAGAUCGCUAAGGAAGUGGCGCGACACAUGAACCGAUGGCGAUUAUGCGUGGCAGAUUCGAUCUCAAGUUUGUCAGGCGGUGCGGUGUGGGGACACGAUCAUCUCUUCGGCACGAGGCGCGAAGGGUUUGGGCCGUUCGAAAACGACGAGCGAUUAUGGGACGCCAUCCACGCGAAAUUGAGGGAGAAGAACGUGCACGAGACGGUGAUACAGACGCUCAGAGAUUACAUGCCGGAAUCCGCGCCGUGCCUGCUGACGCACGGGGACGUAUCGAGCUACAACGUGCUGGUGCGCGACGGCAGGGUGUCGGCGAUCCUGGGGCUCGAGAAGGCGGCCAGGCUCCCCGCGUGGGCCGAGUACGUGGCGGCGCAUUUCUGCUGCUGCAAGGAGGACGAGCAGUGGAAGGCGAUGCUCACUAGGCACAUGACACGUUACCCGCGCACGAGGGACUGGUGGGCCCUGUGGGCCGCCGUCCGCAGUGGCGCGUCGAAUGGGAGCGGGAUGCGUGUCGCCAAGCUGGUGGCCCGCUGCAGGCGAUGGGAGAUGUCGCCGCGGGAGAAGCGCGCGUACGACCUCGACGCCGACGAUGGCGAGUGGCCGCGCGACGACGACGAGGAAGAAGGAGAAGAAAACGUACCACCAGACUAUCGCCGCCAAAGCAUACUGUCUGAAGAACUGAUGCCGGGCCUGGACUUGCGACACAAUACUUGGGAGGAGGAAGGCGGUGGCGGGGAGAAGGAGAAGGAGAAGGGGAAGCGGAGGAGAACGGAGUUCGAGCACACGCCGCAGCAGCAGAAGAAGCUUAUGAAGCCGCGCCGCUACGCCGAGCUGCUCGAGGACCCGGACUGGCAGGAGCCGGUGGGCUCGCAGUCGGGGGACAGCGACAUCAUCAUCCCGCUGAACGAGCUCGCGCUCUCGGAGAUCGAAAAGCGCAUGGAGGCCGAGAGGGCCAGGCUGCGCGAGAGGGAAGCCGCGGGCGGCGGGUCGCCGGCGCCGCCGAGGCGCAUCAGCAUCGAGAGGUGGCUCGCGGAGAGCGUGAGGGGCAGGAGGGCCAUUCGCCCGCUGCUGAGCAAGAUCACGACGACGGACCAGAAGGGGGAGGGGGCCCCGGUUAUCGUCAGCCCGACGAAGAGCCCCCCGUGGAGGGAGAGGCAGAGGUCUUUCGAGAGGCCCCAGAGUAAUAAUAAUGCGUCGAAGGGGCUGAGGCCCUUGAGCUUGACGCAGGCUGGUGGUGGUGGUGGCUUGACCGAGGCCGCGAAGAAGAACUUGAGGGAGAUUGGCGAGAGGCAGGAAAGGCUGGAGGAAGCCACUGAGAGCGAUAGCCGCGAGAGGGCACUGAGGGAUCUGGAAGGCGGUGGAGAAGACGUUGACGCUGUUGCUGGUAUGGCUGGCACCGGCACCGCCGGGAUCCCCGUCGAUAAGACGCCGGAGGAUAAGGAGCAGGCUAGGCGCAGCGAGCCCGUUCCCCAGACCCAAACCCAGGGCAAGCGCGCCUCGAUCUUUCGCGAGAGGACCAGGCCGGGGUCGCUGUACCUGGCUGUCGCGACUGCGGGGGCUGAGGGGCGGACUAGGCGAUACCGGAGGAGCCUUUCCGAGGAGCGAGCUGAGGAGGAGGUGGUGGUGACGGAGGAGCAGGAGAAGGAACAGCAGGGCCAGGAACAGGAACAGGGUCAGGGUGCUGAUCAGCCGCCCCCGCGCGCACGGCCGCAGAGUGUGACAACGCCGCCGCAGGGAACGCAACCGGGGCACAUGGUCCACGAUCCGGGGGCUGGGGCCUAGGCUAGGUGGCCCCUUUUCCACCCCCCGUGUAGAGUGACGUAAUGGCCUAAUAACCGGUUAUUGUAGGUGGAUCGAAGAGAGAUAUGUGGAUGUCCAGGAUGUCUCAUAGGUUGGGAUUUGUGAAAGAUAGGCGAACGGAAUACCGUCCUCUCAUUGGUAUACGGGGUUCACGACCCUUGUCGAAUCCUG